UUCAGUUGUACUUCAGUAGCCAGAUCAUGUCUGGAAGAGGAAACUUGUUGAGUUUAUUUAAUAAAAAUGCUCGCAAUAUGGAAAUAUCAAAUUCAAGUGAAGAAUUUGAAAUCGAUAGUGGCUUGGACUUUGAAAAUUCUGAACCAAGUGGGGAAUGUUUUCUAUCAGGCCAUAAUAUUGAAACUGAUCUUAUAACCACUCUUCAACAUGUAAACAUUUCGGUCGGUCGGGGCCGUGCUAAGCUUAUACACACUUUAAAAAAAGAUGGCCAUACAUCAAAACAAUUGAUAACAACUGAAUUGUUAAACUCAAAGGAAAACAUUAUCGAUAAGUCAAAGGAGUCCGAAAUGGAAGCAAUUGCUUCAAAAAAUGGAUUAUUUUUUCCAGAUUUAGUUCACGGAUCAAAAGGUUCAUCUGUUAAUAUUUAUUGUAAUUACUUAAAACUAACAGCGGAUGUAUCCAAGGGAGUUUUUAAUUACGAAGUCCGUUUUUUUCCUCCCAUUGAUUCGGUUCAUUUAAGAAUUAAAUAUUUAAACGAACAUAAGGAUAAGCUCGGAGGAACCAAAACAUUUGACGGCACAACUCUAUAUUUACCUAUUUUAUUGCCAAAUAAGAUGACCGUAUUUGUUUCAAAAGCCGAAGAUGCAGAGUUACAGAUUCGCAUUUUAUUCAAAAAAAAAGAGGAUAUGAGGAACUGCACGAAAUUAUAUAAUAUUUUAUUCGAUAGAGUUAUGAAAACAUUAAAUUAUGUUAAAUUUGAUCGCAAGCACUUUGAUCCUUCGCGACCAAAAAUAGUACCACUGGCAAAGUUAGAAGUUUGGCCUGGAUAUGUUACAGCCGUUGACGAAUAUAAAGGUGGUUUAAUGCUAUGCUGCGACGUAUCGCAUCGUAUACUUUGUCGAAAAACUGUUCUGGAAAUGUUGGUCGAUCUUUAUCAGCAAAAUGUAGAGCACUACCAAGAAUCCGCUAGAAAAAUGUUGGUUGGAAAUAUUGUGUUAACUAGGUAUAACAAUCGUACGUAUAAAAUAAAUGAGAUUUGUUUUGACCAAAAUCCAAAAAGUCAGUUUCAAAUUAAAACUGUCUGCACAAGUUACGUUGAAUAUUAUAAACAAUAUCACAACAUAAACAUAAAAGACGUCAAUCAACCAUUGCUUCAUAGUAUAAAAAAAUCAAGAAUAACUCCAGCCGAAAAAGAAAAUGUUCAGUUUUGUUUAAUUCCAGAAUUAUGUUAUCUUACUGGGCUGCGGGACGAAGUACGGUCAGAUAACAAGCUUAUGCGCGAGAUUGCUACAUUUACAAGAGUUUCGCCAAAUCAACGACAAACGGCGUUAAAUAAGUUUUACGAAAAUGUUUCAAGGACACCCGCCGCACAAGAUGUUCUAAAUAGCUGGGGACUCUCAUUAACGAAUAAUUCCAACAAGAUAGCUGGACGUCAAAUGGACAUAGAGCAGAUAUGUUUUUCAAAAACGACAGUGUCGGCCGGAAAAACUGCAGAGUUCUCAAAAUAUGCUGUGAGCAAUGAAAUGUUGGAAGUAGUUCAUCUGAGUAAAUGGAUUAUUAUACAUUUAAGAAAUGAUAUGCGAGCUGCAAAUAACUUGCUCGACAACAUGAAGCAAAGUUGUAAAUCACUUGGUAUGAAAAUUUCUAACCCAACAAUGAUUUCUUUGGAUCAUGACCGGAUAGAUGCUUACAUUCAAGCACUGCGGCGAAAUAUAACAACGAAUUCGCAAAUAGUCGUAUGUAUUUGUCAUAACACUAGAGAUGAUCGUUAUUCUGCAAUAAAAAAAAUAUGUUGCUCGGAAAUUCCCAUACCAUCACAGGUUAUAAAUGCUACAACUUUACUAAAUGAUUCAAAAAUUCGUUCCGUUGUUCAAAAAAUUGUGCUACAGAUGAACUGUAAAAUUGGAGGCUCAUUAUGGACGGUAAAAAUUCCAUUUAAAAAUGUAAUGGUUUGCGGAAUAGACUCAUAUCAUGACCCAUCUAAUCGGGGCAAGUCAGUUGCUGAUUUCCUCCUGAUUUAG